AUGGAGGUGGCUAUGUCUUUGAAUCCACUGGUUCAGCUACGGACAUCAGAGUUAAGAACCCACGAAGAUGGACUCAUCAGACAUUCCUUAAUCUCGACGAGGAUGACCCAGAAGCCUCGACACCAGAGGCCACACCAGCAGAUGUUGGUGGUGGAAGCCAAGGGUAAGAAAGGAAUGGCGGCACGUCAGUUCCAACGCCCAACUCCUUCUCUCCCCAAGCUUGAAGACGAUGGCAACCCUAAGUUCGUCAUCUUUAUCCGCAUGGCCAAUGUUUAUCUUUGGUAUCCACUUAAUCUUGUAACGGGCGGCACCACUGCAAAAAUCAUGGUUGCAGCAAAGGACAAUUUUCUGGGGAAAUAUAUUUACAAGGAUACGUUAUCUAGGAAUCUUGCGGCAGUUAUAUACAAAGAUGAGAAGGAGAUACAAAAGUUGGCAUUGAAACAGCACCGUUCUUUGCGGUCGGCUACUGAGUUUAGAUAUGGCUACAAACUUGUUGAAAAUAACAAUUUGAGAGCAGCACUUUCUAGCAGUGAUGUUAUUGAGCUCCCAACACAAGACCAGCUUAAAACAGUUUUAGAUAAAGUGAAGGACUUCUUUGGGGAUGCUAAGGAAUCUUUUGGGAAGCUGACAGCCCUAAAUUCGUCAACUGAGGAGUCCAAAGAAAAUUCUGAAGAGAAGUCCAAAGAGAAAUCCAAGUAA